GUUUUUUAAAAUAUAUAUCCUUCAAUAGACGUACUCGUUGCAGUUUACUUGCGCUUAUAGUCGGGAUCUGGACAGUAUGAGGUCUUCCCGCUAUGAAUUCGCAGGCACACGCUGCUUCUUCGUCGCGUUUGUCGCCGCAGCUGCUUUCAUAGCUUCUGUAACCCACGCUUCCGCUCGACAACCAGCUAGCUCAUUGCUUCUUCUCACACAACAAGCCCAAGCGCAACACCAACACCUCACGCAACGACAGCACCCCUACCAUCAACAGCAACUGCCCCACCAGGACCCACGCAACGAGCACGGCUACGACAUUAUCGCAUCCACAUCCACGGCUCUCAGUACGGCAACAGCAGCAGCAGCUGCUGCCGCAAGCUCCGACCCUCCACCUCAGCCUCAGCCUCAGCCCAAAUGGCGAUCGCAGUUCACGGUUCGCUUCAACGAGACCACCCGCAUCCUGCUAACCCGCCACACGGAGGGAGCCUGGUACUACGAUGCGGAGGGGGGUCGGGAGGCGCUGUACCGCAGUAACGGUAACGGCGACCGUUACUGCGGCAGCGUACACCCGCUGACUCAGACACCCUGCGCACACAUCGUGACGGAAGGGCAGAGGUACCUGGUGUUUCCGGAGCUGGCCGAGUGCUGCAUGUGCUGUACGGCAGCGCAGGGCUGCGGAGUGCUGGCGACCAGUUGGCUGCAGGGCGCUUCUUUCGAGGGAACCGUCGUUUCGCAGGGCCUGCCCGCCUUCAAGUGGCGCCGCGACGGCCUCCAACCCAACUACUGGUACACCACAGCUGAUGAGGCACAGAUUCCGUUACAGUUGGACCAAAUGCCCAACGACCUAACCACCUUCCUUCCGGAGACCUUCCUAGAGGGUCCGCCGCCGCCCGCGGUCUUCGAACUGCCCCCCGACUGCAAACCCAGGUGUCCGCUGACCAGCAUUUGCACCCUGCUGGCGACCGCAUCCCAGCAAACCACCUCCCACUCCACCACCACCGGCACCGCCUCCUCCUCCCCCCUCAACCCCGCUGGCACGGACACCGGCAGCAGCAGCAGCCGCAGUGCAGGGUCGGCCGCCGCGGCUUGAGGCAGCACCCGCCGCCCUGUCUGCCUGCCUGCCUGCAUGCAUGCUGCUACAAACGGAUUGCAGCUUCAUUGGGGCCCUAUGAGGUUCCCUUAGGCCUCCCUGUUUCUGUCGACUGCAACAGCGAGGCCGGUCGACGGGCCGUGUGGCGCGGGACCGGGACGUCACAGACCAGGUACCAAACCACAGGAAUCCACAGGUUAGGGCAAAGCAAUGGGCAGGGUGCCACGAUACGAAGUGAGGGUUAGCGGUCCCUACCGCGGUCCGAGGCCGCAGUGGCGAUGAUGAUAAAGGGCGGACCGCCCAGCGUGCUGAGGAGGGUUGGCUUCGUAGCUGCCUACUGCUAUUGCUAGUGUUUUGAGAUGGAGACGUGCGCUCGGUAGUGCAAAGAGGCAGGCCCAAAAUAAGUGUACAUGGCAAAGGACGGGGUUGGGUUGGCGAGCGAUAGCCGAGAUGCACUAGACAAGAGUGUGCGGGGGCGGCGCAGGUGAUAUGUAGAGGAGUCUGCGAUGUGCCGUGUCAUGGCGGACGCAGUUGGUUUAUGUCGUACCGGGUCACCGUACAUCGCGGAGGGCGCACAAGCAUGCAGCAGUGUUUUCAUCCGGACCCCACAAAAGUACAACAGCCUUUUGGCCGCUUCUUGUUUUGGCGCCUUGCUUACCUCCUACACGCUGUUUGUAAGAGGAAGAACACCACUG